CGAACACGUAAUAUGCAACGUUUGCAAUGAGAAGUUAAAUGCAGCAUUAGACUUUAAAUCAUGUUUGACCUAAGAGACACGUAUAUGAAGGAAAUGAACAGUGAACAACUAAUGGGUAUUUCGAACGAUCAGAAAGUAUGUCGGUUCUGUAAGCAGACAGUAAAAAAUGAAUUUAGAUGCAUUCGAGAAGAGGAAGUCGCUGUCAUUCAGAAAUUUCUUCCAGAAAUGAAUAUGGCCAUCGUCAAAGAUCCUGUUGUAUGUAAACCAUGUUGCGAUUUUGCGUAUGCUCACAACAGUGUUCUAAAAGAUUGUCUAAAAGUAAAGGUAGAAACUGAAAAUAUUCCUGAUAGUACAGCUGCAGACAUCAAAAUAGACACAUCAAUGGAUUUUCUCAGUGAGACCGAUAAUUUAGACAAAGCAACGGAAAUAAAUUAUAUUGAAAUGUCCAUCAAAAAUGAAUGUAUCGACAUCAAAUCGGAAGAAGAUGAAGACAAGAGUGACAUGUUUGUAUCAAAUUCGAAUGAAGCGGAAAACGAUACUUAUCAAAUUACAUACAUUUCUAAACAUAAGAAAGGAUCCAAGAGUUACAAAUGUUAUAUGGAAAUCGGUCAGCAAAUCAAUUUGAAAGUAUAUCGGAUAAAAAUGCAUGCAUGUGACAAAUGCGACUACAAAACAGUUUGUAAGAGCCACUUCAAUGAGCAUUGCACUACGCAUAAGAACGGUUCGGAAGUAAAUGGACAUUACAUCUGUGAAUACGAAAAUAUAAACCGGAAAUUCUUUCUUAAGCAUCAGCUAAGGUUCGGAUUCAAAACGCAGAUGUACCCAUGUAAUGUGUGCGACUAUGAAACAAACAGCAAAUCCAGCUUUAACCUUCAUUACGUGAAACACACACAACUUUCAGAAUUAAAAGUACACACACACAAGAAUAAUAUGGAAAUUCCAAGUCACCAAUUGCAGCAUUCGAAUCUUCCUUAUGCACAAAUAUUCCAAUGUUACAUUUGCAGUUUCAAGACGCAGUAUAAGACAAUUCUGGAACAACACAUGUUGGAACAUGUAGUACCUACACCAGCACAAAUGUACAAAUUCGAUAGUUGCAACUAUGAGACCCAGCACAAGUCAGAUUUCGAACGUCACCUGUUGGAACACAGAACUCCUACACAAGGGCAAAUGUACAAAUCGCGCAGCUGCGUUUAUCAGACUGAAAAUCCGAGUGACCUCAAACAUAAGGCUCCUUCGCCUGCGCAAGUGUACCAGUGUGUCAUGUGCGAUUACAAGACUAACACCAAGGCCAGCUUCAAUUCCCACCGGCUAAGACACGAUAGUUCUACAGAAGUUUGUAUCUCCAGACCCGAGCACGAACUAAACUACAAGACUUCACGUCGGAGUCGCCGAUCACGGCGGGGGAAGCUUUCUAUAGCACCACUGCACAAGUGCGACGUGUGUAGUUAUGAAGUCAAGUAUAAAAAGGACCUUAAACAUCAUAUGUUGCAGCACGAAAUUCCCCCGGUAGGACAAAUGUACAGAUGUCAUGUUUGCCGUUUUGCAACCGAGUAUAAAAGGGGUCUUAAAAUUCAUAUGGCGGUACAUAAAAUUCCUUCGACCGUACUCGACGUCAAGCAUCAUAUUCCUUGCUACAAUUUAGAAAAUAAAACUUUAGCAGCGCCAAUGUACAUACGUAAUGAAUGCGUUUAUCAGACCAAGUCGGACUACCCAGGAGCACAGCCACAUAAAUGUGAGGUCUGCAGUUACGAGAACAAGGAUAUGGGCAAACUUCUGGAACAUCUGUUGAAGCACGAGGGUGCUUGGGAGGUUGUAACGUUGUGCGAAAUGUGUGAUGUCGAAACGACGCACCUGUGUCGGCAGCUGAGGCGCGACACUUGUGGAGUACAAAUUAACAAAUGUACCCUUUGUGACUUCAAAACUUCCGUUAUUUUGAGACAGAAUGAAGACGUCGUGCACAAACAAGACGUACAACUGUGAUAUUUUCAGUGAUAAACCCAUUUUGUUAGUGUCAAUGGAAACAAAAAAUAUUCAAAUGUACAAAUAGUGUGAUUGCGAAACAAAUACUAAUCACAUAAAUAGUUGAUUAAAUACGAUAAGUGGAAAUGGACAAGGGAUUAUAGAUAGUAAAAAAUAAUAACUUUGUUCUGUUGUGUUUAUUCAUUUUUGUCAGCCUUCAAGUGG